GUCAAAAACAAAAUGUGCGUGAUUCUAAAGUCAGAUAAAGGCCUGCGUUAUUUCAAAGUCCACACACAGUAACCUGUAUAUAUAUGAGCACUCUCCACAAGACCUCACUCACCAUUCGAUCUCAAACUAUUAUUCAUUCGUUCAAUUUCAUGGCUCUCCCUCAGCAGCAAAUUGUUAACUAUCCCACUUUCAAGCUUGUCCUUGUAGGUGAUGGAGGAACCGGAAAAACCACUUUUGUUAAAAGGCAUCUAACUGGCGAAUUUGAGAGAGAGAAAUAUGAACCUACCAUUGGUGUGGAGGUUCAUCCACUAGACUUUUAUACAAAUUGUGGAAAAAUUCGGUUUAAUUGCUGGGACACUGCUGGCCAAGGAAAAUUUGGUGGUCUCAGAGAUGCUUAUUACACUCAAGGACAAUGUGCUAUUAUUAUGUUCGAUGUAACUGCUCGUUUGACAUACAAAAAUGUUCCGACAUGGCACGGAGAUAUCACUCGUGUGUGUGAGAAUAUACCCAUUGUCCUGUGUGGAAACAAGGUUGAUGUGAAGAAUAGACAGAUCAAAGCAAAGCAAGUUAUAUUUCACAGGAAGAAGAAUCUACAAUACUAUGAAAUAUCUGCAAAGAGUAACUAUAAUUUCGAGAAACCUUUCUUAUACCUUGCCAAGAAACUUGCAGGUAAUAUGAACCUUCACUUUGUGGAGAUGCCUGCUCUUGCUCCUCCUGAAGUCGCCUUUGAUAUAGCUGCGCAAGAAUCGAUUGAACAAGAAAUAUGUAUGCCAGCAUUUCAGCCUCUUCCUGAUGGCGAUGAUGAAGCAUUUGAGUAAUUAGGUGGAUUCAAACAAUAUAGUUUACUUAAAUUCUAUUGUUUGAAUCCACCUCAAAAUAAUUGAAUUCCCUCAAAAUAUUUCCCCAUCCAAACACACUAUAAGGUUUUCGAGAGUUUUUUUUUGUUCUGUUUGUGAUGAAUUAUAUUUCAUCACAAAGAGAUUUGGAAUUAAGUUAGUAAUUUAGCAAUUUUAGCUAGUGUAGGUAAGGGUCAGUUUAGACAAAAGUUAUUUUUAUUGGUUUUAUUCCUGCAAGCUGCAAUUAUGCUAUAUGUAAUGGUAAUUUGUUGACUUCUUCAGUCAUUAAGUAAACCUUUGAAUGAUGC